AUUUGCUGAAAACGUCGAAGCAGCUCCGUGGCACCCAACACAACUUGUCUGACGAAAGGUUAAGCAGAGAAAAUUCUCUCGCCUUCCGAAGCUGACGAGUGUGGGUAACAAUCCUGCAGGGGCUUUAGGGCAGUGAAGUCAGUGUCCGUGCAUCUCGCUCUACCGUCGCACGCUUACGUAAGGGCUUGCGUAUUUGACAAAUGAGUCUGCGUUUCGUCAGAGUUGAAUGGAAACAGCGGCUAUCAUUCAGGAAUAAGGCCAACAGCAAGCGUUGAGCUCCCUUUGAGUGUAAAAAGGAAGCACUGCGCGAUGCUCUGGACGCGAAGACCGCUUACGCCCUGGCAAACUUGGAAUCACCGAAAAAGAUGCUCUGCUUUACCUUCGCAAAAGUACCAACUGUUAUCGCACGAGAGACGUGUCCGGGAGGCACUUUCUAAAGCGGGCAACGCAUGGCAAGACAGGGACUGCGGCCUCGAAGUGGCUAUGAAGGAAUUCCUGGCAGGUGCCUAUUCGGCCGACAUGUACGCCUCGAUACGGCAAGCAUGCGGCUUAGAAAGAUCCAUGGCCGACUUCAAAAGGGCAUCCAGCUACCAGGAGGUCGGCACACUGACCAACCUUUUCACCGGGAUUCAAAGGAAGGGUGUUCCGCCCACAGAGGACACCGAAUCCGCCAGGACCAAUCGAAGGCGAAUUGUCACCGUCGCUCAGAUGCAGCAGAUUGCAUAUGAGCUUCACAACGACAUAGCGACUACCAUGCCUGAUGACAACGAUAACGUGAACGAGAUCAAUUCAGCGAACAAGCAGAAAACGCUGCUGGGCAAUGCAUUGCUAUCGCUGGCGUUCAAGACUGUGAUUGACACAGCUGAUAUAAGGGUUCUGAAGACGUUCUCACGAAGCCUGCAGCGUUUCUCGUCCUCUUACUUCGGCGAUGAAGAGGGAACAGGCGCCGCUGAGUACACACCGGUCAUACGGCAGUGGUACCGCUACCAAGUGUACAACGUGGAAGCGCUGGCCAACGCAUUCGAGUGCUUGCAGCUACUCGCGAGGGCCAACGUAGUGGAACUCCAUGCAGCAAGACAGUGCGCCACCAACCUCGCCCUCGCUAUCCAGGCAACAAAAGAACUGGAUCAUUUCUUGAACUACGAGUGUCAUAAUCCCAAGGACGACCAAUGGACUCUACCUGCAAUAUUGGCACAGGCGAACUUGAACAAGGCGUCUGAAAUGCGACGCCUCUGCGGUGAUUCAAGCCGCAAGUCUGAUGCAGAAAAGAGUCAAAGAGAGCAAGACAUUGUGGACGGAGUGAGCAGAGUGAUACGAGAGCUGACAGAUGGUGUGCUCGGUUACGUGGCCGACUGCAAGGCGUCCGAGGCAUCCGAAGCCUUGAGAGACAUCGCUGGCCGGAUGAGGAUCACCGGACACUAAUACAGAACACAACUUUGUAGCUCAAGUGACAUUACAAGCAAAAGAGUGAGAUGUUAUGAUGGUGUGACGGCGCUGCUCCAGCCUUUCACGAAUAGGGUGCCUUGACGCUAGUGUUCCUUCGUAUGAUAGAAGCCAGCACUUGCACGAGGGCACCUCGUUCGCAAAUGAAAAUAAAAAAGGCUGACGUAAUCUGCAACUAGAUUUCUGCUUACAUGCUCCUUAGUGCCACCCAGAAGCAUUCGGAUGAGGAGCAGUGGGCAAAACAGUAUAAAAUUAUAAAUAACAAGUAUAACAAUUUGUCCCAUUUAGUUCGAUCCCCACACCCAUGUUAAAAACCCUUCCUUGGCGUUCCAGUCAUGUUUUAAAUGCUAGCACAUGAAUGCAUGCACAAAGGAAUCAUGGAAUGCAAACAUUGUAAUUUUGAGAACUGCUGUUCAGUAUUCGAAAAGUAGUCUGUUUGAUUCUAGCACUAUGGAGAUUCUUAUUGUAUUCAUUUUGAAAAGUUAACACUUAUGAUUAGCAGCAGCACUGAGGAAGCAAGAUGAGAAACACGAGACAUGUUCCCACACUGAUGGCAAAUCGAUCACUGCGGAGUGAGAACCACGCUUGCACUCCCACAUCAUGCUAACAGCAGCAUCUAGGGUCCCUGUACAGCAAUGGCUAAAGAAAAGCAUACAUAAGACUUUAAGAGUGUCGAUUAUGCUGCUCCGGAUUGCAGCCACAUUAUGUUUCUCGUGGUGAACGGGCAAGAAAUUUUCAUUGCCUGAAAAUGUUUGGGAAAAGGUUAAAUAAAACAAUGACUGACG